AUGACUCAUUUACAAGCCGGACUAUCUCCAGAGACACUGGAAAAAGCCCGACUGGAGCUGAAUGAGAACCCAGACACCCUGCACCAGGACAUUCAGGAGGUGCGGGAUAUGGUCAUCACCAGGCCAGACAUUGGUUUCCUUCGCACGGAUGAUGCCUUCAUCUUACGCUUCCUGCGGGCCAGGAAGUUUCAUCACUUUGAGGCUUUCCGCCUCCUGGCCCAGUACUUUGAAUACAGACAGCAGAAUCUGGACAUGUUUAAAAGCUUUAAGGCUACUGACCCUGGCAUCAAGCAGGCUCUGAAAGAUGGCUUUCCUGGAGGACUAGCCAAUCUUGACCACUAUGGCAGGAAGAUCCUAGUCCUCUUCGCAGCCAACUGGGACCAGAGCAGGUACACCUUAGUGGAUAUUUUGCGUGCCAUACUUCUUUCUUUGGAAGCCAUGAUUGAAGAUCCAGAACUACAAGUGAAUGGAUUUGUUCUGAUAAUAGACUGGAGUAACUUCACCUUCAAGCAGGCCUCUAAACUCACACCGAGCAUGCUGAGAUUAGCAAUAGAGGGCCUCCAGGACAGUUUUCCAGCUCGAUUUGGAGGAAUUCAUUUUGUCAAUCAGCCUUGGUACAUCCAUGCUCUGUACACUGUCAUACGGCCUUUCCUAAAGGAGAAGACACGCAAAAGGAUAUUUCUACAUGGAAAUAACCUGAAUAGCCUGCAUCAGCUCAUUCAUCCAGAGAUUCUACCUUCUGAAUUUGGAGGAAUGCUGCCCCCCUAUGAUAUGGGUACAUGGGCAAGAACGCUGCUAGACCAUGAAUAUGAUGAUGACAGUGAGUACAAUGUGGACUCCUAUAGUAUGCCAGUGAAAGAAGUGGAAAAAGAACUAUCUCCAAAGUCCAUGAAGAGAUCUCAGUCAGUAGUGGAUCCUGCAGUACUGAAACGCAUGGAUAAAAAUGAGGAAGAAAACAUGCAGCCUUUACUUUCUCUGGACUAA